AGUGUUAAGAAGUUGCACCUAAGAACCAGUCGUCCUUCGAUAAAAUAUGGCCAGCCAAAGUCAAGGGAUACAACAGCUGCUCGUGGCUGAGAAAAGGGCUGCGGAAAAAGUGGCAGAAGCCAGAAAACGCAAAACUAGAAGAAUAAAACAAGCUAGAGAUGAAGCGGCAGCAGAUAUAGAAGUAUACAGAAAAGAACGUGACAGACAGUUUCGCGAAUAUGAAGCAAAAUACAUGGGGUCUAAAGAAGACGCAGCUGCAAAAAUUGAGAAAGACACUGAACACCACAUGACUCAGUUGGACGAGAGUGUUGUAAACACUAAAGAAGCGGUCAUUCUGGAUUUAAUCAGUUUAGUCGUAGAUGUUGAGCCAGAAGUACAUCGCAACUACUUUAUUAUGAAAUCAUUUAACAAGAUAUAAUUGUUAUUUCCCAGCAGUAUUAUUCCAUAUUUGUUGCUUAUUAAAUACUAGACACAUGUAUUGUCUGUAAUAUUCAAUAAUAUUGUAAUCAAUUUUAUAAAAUAUUUACAAUUAUAAUUUGUUUUCGGUUUGUAUAUUCAGGAUAUUGUAGUACAUUUUUUUUUUUCAUAUAUGACCAUUAUAGAAUGUUAAUUAG